AGUGGGCUGAGUGCGGAGUAGCGCCCCGCGGCAGUGCCUCUGAAACUCGCCCCGAGAUGGGACGCACGCCCGCUAUCCCCGUAGUGUCAUACGUUCGAUCACGAUUUCACAGGUGAACCGGAAUAAACAAAAAACUACUGUCAUCUAAUGUAAUUACGACAAAAUGACUGUUUUUAUACAUUUAUAUUAUGUGAUAUGGAUAGCGUUCCUGACCGCUUGGUGCAGUACGACAGGUCGUGAAUUAACCAGUGGGCAAAAUGUAGUCUCAGUAGCACCUAUAGAAGUUCCAGAUGAAUCUAUGUACCCAAGGUUUGCUGAACCUAUACCAAACGUCACAGUUACGAUCGGCAGGGACGCUUUAUUAGCGUGCGUCGUCGAUAACCUAAGAGGCUUCAAGGUGGCCUGGGUGCGGAUGGAUACACAGACAAUUCUGAGUAUCCACCAUAAUAUAAUAACACAGAACCCGCGUAUCAGCCUGUCGUACAACGACCAUCGCUCCUGGUACCUUCAUAUCAAGAACGUGCAAGAGGUGGACCGCGGCUGGUACAUGUGUCAAGUGAACACAGAUCCUAUGCGCUCCAGAAAAGGAUAUUUACAAGUAGUAGUACCUCCAUCAAUCAUCGACAAUAUGACGUCAACGGAUAUGGUGGUACGUGAAGGCUCGGAUGUAACCUUGGUGUGUCGUGCAUCUGGAUACCCGGAACCUUAUGUAAUGUGGAGGCGGGAGGACGGGCAAGAUUUUAAUUAUAACGGCGAAUCAGUGAGCGUAGUGGAUGGUGAAACCUUGACUAUAACGAAGGUGUCCCGUUUACACAUGGGAGCAUACCUGUGUAUAGCGUCUAACGGUGUUCCGCCAUCGAUUAGUAAACGGAUCAUGCUCAUGGUUCAGUUUCCACCGAUGCUGUCAAUUCCAAAUCAAUUAGAAGGAGCCUAUAUAGGACAAGACGUAACAUUGGAGUGUCAUACCGAAGCUUUUCCUUCUUCUAUCAACUAUUGGACUACAGACCGAGGAGAUAUGAUAAUUUCCGAAAUGGAAAUUGUAGGUGGUAAAUAUGAAGCGUUCCCAAUGGACAGCGGCUACAACAAGUUCAUGAUGCUCAAGAUACGGAACAUCACAAAGGAGGACUUCGGAUUUUACAAAUGCAUAGCAAAAAAUUCCCUUGGAGAGACAGACGGAAUUAUUAAAUUGGAUGAAAUACCAGCACCGCCAUCGGCAUUUACGACUACACCAAAACCAGUACUAGAUAAUCAGACAAUUAAGAAAAAAGGUCAACAUCAGAUCACACAAGCAAAUGAAGCAAUCAGUUCGAAUUUCCAGGGAGGGGCAUACAUCGAACAAAGAAAUACUUUCGGUUACGAGGAUGACAAUAGUUCAGCAAAUGUACAAAAAACGAAUCCAUUAAUAACGUUUUUCUUCUGUUACUCAUUAUUAAUAAGACUUUAUUUGUAUUCGUGAUAAUCAAUAAUUGUUUUAUAUAAAUGAAUCUGUGAUUUUGUUUUCAUAACAAAAAAGUUCCUUUUUUAAAUAUGAUUGACAUUGAUUUGUCAU